UUUCGUUUUUACUUUAUUUUUUUAUUUUUAUUUCUCUUUUCUUAUUGCAAGUUAAGUGUUUGUGUUAUUGCCUCACUAAGAAUUCUUUAGUUGUGACACAAGGAAUUUCAAUUUUUCUUGGUGGUUGUGUUUGAUACAACAUUUUUUAAUUAAAAUGGAGUUUACCUCACAUGUUGAUCAAUCAUAUUACAUGGGAUAUUGCCCACCACCACAAAAUGAUUCAUGUCAUUAUCCUCAUGGUGGAUGGGAAUAUCAACAAGAAAUGAUGGAUCAUGAGCAAUCAACCCAAAUGGGACAUGCCCCUAGGUCACACAAUGAUCAAGCAAGUUACAUGGGGUAUUUUUCACCACCACAAAAUGAUUCAAGUUACUAUACUAAUUGUGGUUGGGAAAAUCAAGAUCAAGGAAUGAUGGGGUUUGAGCAAUCAAACCAAAUGGGAUACUUUCCAAGAACACAAAAUGAUUCAUACUCCUAUGAAUGGGACAACUAUCCAAAUUGUGAUUGGGAAGGACAAAACCAAAGAGAAUUCAAUAUUUCCUAUCCCAUCCAUCAAGAGCCCUCACCUCUUAAUUAUCCAACCUCAUCUCCAAAUUUUUCAUAUCAAAAUUCUUCACCACUUGAGUUUGCCUCAACACAAAAUUCUUUCCAAAAUCCAUACAAUUCAAUUCAUCAACCACAAAAUUCAUUUCACUAUACAGAAAACUCAUUUCAAAAUUCACAAAAUUCAUUUCACAACUCACAAAACUCCUUUCAUACUCCCCAAAAUGACUUCACCACAACACAUCCAUAUCCACAAAAUUACUCCCAACCUUCAUCUUUGGAGCUAAUAGUUGAGGAUCACCUUCAAUGGUCUAGAGAAAUAUUAGAAUCUUGGAAAGAACAAGAAAUCCUCUGCAAGAAAAUAGAUGGGCACUUAGAGCAAAUAAGGAAACACUUCGGGUUGCCAAGCAGUGAGGAUGAAGACCAAUUUGUGGGUGAGGAAGUGGAAAAAGAAGAACAAAAGGUCCAUGUGUCAAGUGAAAUUUCAAUGAAGAAUGAGGUGAUUGAGAAUGAAAUUGAACUUGAGGUGAUAAAGGAACAUGAACAUUCACAACCCUCACAAACUUCCCUUGAAUUUGUGAUCGAAAAAUAUGAAGAGGAGAUGAAGAAAUCUUGGGAAGAUCAACAAACCUCCUCCAUAGAAGAGCUAUUAAAGCAAAUGUUUAGUGUAAAAGAGGAAUUGGAAGAGCAAGAAAAAGAGGCCCCUAUACCAAGUAAAAUCCCAAUGAAGAAUGAGGUUGUAAGGGAGGAAAACAACCAAGGGAGUCCACACUCCAAUGAAGUAGAAAGUUGUAUGGAAGAUGAUUUAAUUGAACCAUCAAUCCAAGAGGUUCUUGAUGAAGAGGACACUCCAACCAUCACACAACACCUAAGUCUUGAAAUCAAGGAAGUGAAGGCAAUCAAUAAAAACAUUCAAAGAAGGAUUGUGACCAAGAAACAAAAGACAACAUCCAUGAAAAAGAGAAGGUCAACAAAAAGCAAUCCAACCCCCACCCCCAACAAGCAAGAGGAAUCAAGCUAAUAACAACAAAAGAAGGCUUGUUAGGAGACAAUCAAAUCAAGGGGCAUCAAUUUUCUCUUCUUCUCCCUUGAAGUCAUUUCUUUUAACCAAUUGGAAGAAGAGGAAGAAAAUUAAGAACCACAUGUCAAGCUAAUGACAUUAAAAGAGCGCUUGUUGGGAGGCAACCCAACUGUUGGUAACAUUUUCUUUCCUUGCUUAGUUUACUUUCAAUAAUUUGGCAUAUGAUUGCAUUCUAAGUUUGGUGUUGCAUGCAACAAUUUGAUCUUCAAUCUUUAGUGGGUACUUGCAUCAUUCUAAAAUGAAAGUGUCACACUAAGUUUGGUGUUGCCACUUACCUUUCAUGCAUAGUACCAUGCACAACUCACUUAUUGAUGUAAUCAUAUUGUCUCUUUUCUUUGUGCCUUGAUUGUCAUCUUUAAUUUUUGCUUGCUUAAACACAUGCAUUACUUACAUCUCUUUCUUGAAGACAUUCAUGAUUAAUCAUAAAUUCCACCACCAUUAUUUUAUUUGUUGCUUGAGGACAAGCAAUCAUUCUAAGUUUGGUGUUGGGGAAGGAAGGAGUAGGAGGAAAAUGACAAUAACAAAGAUGAAGAUCUACAAGGAAAUUAUGGAAAAUGAAGCAAUAAAAGCACUAAUAGAGGAAGCACACUCCCAAGGUGGCAAAAAGUUGGAAACAAACUCAAAGAGAAGCAAAGAGGAUUUGCAACCCUGACCUCUUCACACUCCAACAAGAAUACCUCGAGCUACAAAGCUCCAAAUGAAGUGAUCUCAGUGUCAUUAGAAAGUAGACUUCUAGAGCUUUCCAACCAUAUAUAACACUUUAUAGUUGACACUGAUUUGAGGGGACAAAUUGCUAUUCGUUUAGCUUCACAAUUUCAGCGUAAAACAAGUCCCUGCAGUUCGCCAGACUGACCUCUUCACCUUCAAAAGAUCAUAACUUGGGCUAGAGAAGUCCAAUUGACAUGCUUCCAGCGGCGUUGGAAAGCUGAGAUCUAGGGCUUUCCAAAGAUAUAUAAUAGUCUAUAGUGGACAUUCAAUUUGGAGACCCAAACAGACCAAUACUUCAGCGUAUAAGGUUUUUCCAAACCUUCAAAAGCCCAAAAUGCCACUUCAAUGACACUCCACAUUGGGCCACUUCCAAAUACUCCAAUCCCUUCAUUUAUUCUUCAAUGUUUCAAGCUUCUAUGAAGGGAGUUAAAAGUUCACAAGCCCAAGUCAAGCCACAAGUAACAAUCAAUCAAGGCCACAAGAAUCAUCUAGAAGUAAUUAGGAAAUUUGCAUUUGAUUGUAAUUUCAUUUGAAUUUGUAAUUUAGGUAGCUUAUAAAUAGGGCCUUAGAUUCAUCAUUUGAGAGACACCAUGGAGGGGUGGAGGUGACUCCACUCCCCUUUCACUCUCAUUCUCUUCUCUUCUUCUAUUUUCUUUCAUUCACACUUUUGUAAAUAUUUUUGUUAUGAUGAGUUUCUAAUUUCCAACAUUUGGGAGAGAGAGCUCUAUUGCAAUUUAAUGGGUUGAUUUAUUUUCAUUCUUCA